AUGUCCUCACCAACAACCUCUGCUCUAGCCCUCUCCCUCCUCACAAGUCUGGGCGGCAUAAUCGGCUACACACGGACCGGAUCGUUACCCUCAAUCAUCGCCGGCGUCUCCGUCGGUCUCGUCUACCUCCUCGCAUUCCUGCGUCUGCGCGCCGGUCAAUUUUACGGCGAGGAGCUGGGUCUUCUGGCCUCGGUCGUACUGGGUGGGAGCUCGGUGCCGCGUGUGAUCAAGACGGGUGGAAAGCCCGUUCCGGUGGUUUUGUCAGUGCUGGCUACUUAUGGACUUUUUAUCUUUGGGUCUGCGUUUAAGGCGAAGAAGGCGUGA